GCUACUCAAAUGGAUUAACCCACCUGCUGUUAGCCUUGAAUCACGAUAUGUUUAUAAAUAUAUAUAUCAUCCUCUCAAUACAGUUUUAGAUAGCCUAUUGCAACACUUUCAUCUUCAUGGUCCCGAACAUCCUGCAAAGUAUAUUGUAGAACGCAAAAGUUGGCAUCAUCAGCCGCCCUUUGGAUUUUUACCUUCUGCAUUUAAUCAAGCACAGGAAUAUUUUAAUGAUAUUGAGGAUAAAGAAAAAAAUAUUAUUUCUGAAAAAAUUAUAAUUAAAGGGAAUAAAACAACUUGUCUUUGGUCAAAUGGAAAUUCCAAACCUUAUUAUAGUGAUAUACAGACUGGAA